AUGAGAACCUUAUUAUUAAGUACAAUUGCUAUAGCUUCAUUACUUUUACAUCAAACCACUGAAGCCAAGAAGCCUAAUAUAGUGUUUAUUUUUACGGAUGAUCAAGACUACAAAUUGGAUUCUUUGGACUAUAUGCCUAACGUUCAAAAACAUUUGGUUCAGCAAGGCACUCUAUACAAAAACCAUUAUGCUACUAUUGCUGUCUGUUGUCCUAGUCGAGUUGGCUUGUUAAGAGGCCAAUAUGCUCACAAUACAAAUAUCACAGAUGUGUCUCCUCCUUAUGGCGGAUAUGAUCGAUUUAAUGCCUUGAAGUUAGGCGAAGAUUACUUGCCCUUAUGGCUACAAAAGUCUGGUUACAAUACAAACUACAUUGGCAAGUUAAUGAACCAUUACAGCGUCAAUAACUACAACAAUCCUACUCCAAAAGGAUUUGAUUAUCAAGAUCAACUGGUUGAUCCUUAUACCUAUGUCUAUAACACGGCUGUGUUUUCAACUAACGGUCAAGCUCCUUAUUACUACAAAGAUGCUUAUCAAACAGACAUUAUUCAUGCCAAAACCCGUGCUGCUCUCAAAAGAAUACAAGAUCAAGAUGAUCCUUUCUUUCUUUGGAUUGCCCCCAUGGCUCCUCACGGAGAGUUUAUUAUUGGAGAAGGUGGACAGAUCACUACAAGGCCUGCUGUUCCAGCAGCCCGUCAUGCUCACCUCUUCAAGGAUGUCAAGAUUCCUCGUAAACCCAACUUCAAUCCUGAUAAACAAUCAAAAACAGCUUCAUAUUGGAAGCAUCUUGAAAAGCUAAACUCAACUCUAAUUGAAGACUUUGAUGAAGCUUACCGAAACCGCCUUCGUGCUCUACAAGCUGUAGACGAAAUCGUUGGUAGUGUAUUUGAAGAACUUGCAAAGUCAGGCGAACUCGAAAAUACCUAUGUGUUCUAUAGUGCUGAUAAUGGCUAUCAUCUUGGUCAACAUCGAGCAUAUCCUGGUAAGACAACGAAUUUAGAAGAAGAUAUCAAUGUUCCUUUUAUUGUACGUGGACCUGGUGUUUCUAAAGGUCAAGUAAGCGACCUUGUUAGUUCUCAUCAUGAUCUGGCAUCUACUUUUAUUGCUUUAGCCGGUGGUGAUAAGCAUGUUCCUUCUUGGGUUGAUGGUGGUGUCAUCCCAUUAACAAAAGAGCUCACAAGACAUCCUAAACCCAUCUCUAAAGAAAGUUUUGCUGUUGAGUUUUGGGGGUUUAGCAUCAUGCCUGAAGGUUAUUCUGAUGUGACAAUUAAUGGUGCAAAUACAUAUAAAACGCUACGAGUGAUCUCCAAAGACUACAAUUACAUGUAUACUGUUUGGUGUACUGGAGAACGCGAAUUCUAUGAUCUAAAAAAUGAUCCUUACGAAGUCAACAACUUGUAUAAUAAUGUCAAUACUCAACUAGUGAAUCGACUAGAUGCUCUUCUUAUCGUGCUAAAGUCUUGUCGUGCUGAAAGCUGUCGUGAUCCUUGGAAAGUGCUUCACCCUGAAGAUCCUUCUGUCAAAACACUGAAAGAUGCUUUGGAUAAAAAGCAUGACAUCCAUUACUCUCAAUUCAGAAAAGUUCAAUUUGAAGAAUGCCUUGAAUUUCAGCUCCUAGCAAAUGAACAACCUCAAAUUGGAAGUCAUUUUGUUGGAAACAAUACCGACAAAUACGAAGCUCGUCGCAACUUACAAUCAAAAAAGAAUAUUCAAGUUGUUUUUGAUACUUUUGCUAAAAGAUUUCGACAACAAGAGAAUAAGAAACACAUUACUAUUUCAGAAGAGCACCAUAAGCUCUUUAAACUUAUCGCAGGCGCAUCUGAUGCUGUUGGUCAAGAAAUUCCUGGCGAAGAUUUUGAAAAACAAGCUGUCCCUAUUCCUUCUGAGCUGUUGGAAGCUAACGUAGAUUGGACAAGAUACAACUUUUAUAACUUUGGAAAUUAA